AUGCGGAUCGCGUUGGAAUUCUCGGGAGGUGCGGAGCUGCUUUUUGGUAACAAAAAAGAACAGAGCGCUGACUUGCCCGACUCAGUCAAAACAAUUAAAGAGCUCCUUCCGUGGUUGCGUGAUCAUAUGCUUACGGGACGACCCGAUCUAUUUAUCACUAACAAUUCUAUCAGACCAGGCAUCUUGACGCUGGUAAAUGACACAGAUUGGAGUCUCCUUGGCGAAGAGGAAUACCAGCUCAGGGAGAAAGAUAAGGUGUCCUUUAUCUCCACACUUCACGGAGGCUAA